GUCCGUGCUGACGCGCCACUCACCGCACCACCCCGGACGGACGCAGACAGGAGGACGAGAGCUGCGCGCGACACACACAGAGCUCUGGGCAGCGCCUCCACUCUCCCCUCCGCUCCCUCUCUCGCUCCGUGGAGACACCAGGCACUCUGUCCAUCCCGACCCCAGAGGACGUUGUGCUUAAAAAGAAGACAUUUACGGCUUGUCUUUCCCCCGCAGAGAUGGAGGUCCCCGGUUUGGCGCACAACCUGAGCAGCCCGUUAAGUCCGUGCGAGGGCAUGAUCAAGGACCUAAGCCUGGAUUCCAUACAGCUCUGCGAACGAGACGGUAAGUCCCAGGAUGGGAGUAUCUCAGAGAUGGAGGAGCUCCCCGUCCCCCAGAACAUCAAGAUCAGUAACAUCACCUGUGACUCCUUCAAAAUCUGCUGGGACAUGGAAGCACGCAGCAAAGAGCGCAUCACCCACUACUUCAUCGACCUCAACAAGAAGGAGAACAAGAACUCCAACAAGUUUAAACACAAGGAUGUCCCGACCAAGCUGGUGGCCAAGGCCGUGCCCCUGCCCAUGACGGUGAGGGGACACUGGUUCCUGAGUCCUCGCACAGAAUACACAGUGGCUGUCCAGACUGCAUCCAGACAAACGGAUGGAGACUACGCUGUGUCUGAGUGGAGCGAGAUCAUUGAAUUCUGCACCGCUGACUAUUCCACCGUGCAUCUAAACCAGCUCCAGGAGAAAGCUGAGGUCAUCGCUGGACGCAUGCUGCCUUUCUCCGUCUUUUACAGAAACCAGAACAAAGAGUACUUUGACCACUGCAGAGAUGCGCAGGAGAACCGCAUGCUGCCCUCAGUGAAGGACAACAGUGGCAGUCAUGGCUCCCCCAUCAGUGGGAAACUGGAGGGCAUCUUCUUCAGCUGUAACACAGAGUUCAAUACGGGCAAACCGCCCCAGGACUCCCCCUACGGACGACAGCGUUUUGAGGUGCGAGCAGAUGCCCUCUUAAACCCAGACACCAACCUGUACUUUGGGGACCUGUACUGCAUGUACACAGCCUACCACUAUGUCAUCCUGGUCCUGGCACCAAAAGGAUCCAGAGGAGAUGACUUCUGCAAGGAGAGGCUCCCUGCUCUGGACAUCACCAACAACCGAUUCCUGACGUGCAAAGAGAGUGAGGCGGGUGACGGGCGCCUGGUGUUCCACCAUGCCCAGGACGUGAUCCUGGAGGUCAUCUUCACUGAGCCCGUGGACCUGUCACUGGGAAAGGUGGCAGAGAUCAGCGGGCACCAGCUCAUGAGCCUCUCCACAGUAAACGCCAAGAAGGAUCCCAGCUGCAAGACGUGCAACAUCAGUGUGGGGCGCUAAGAAGAGGUCUGAGAAAAAGAAGCCGGGAUGACCAGACAAGACUGGCCUGAGGACAUAAGUCUACAAACUGAAAAAGCAGAGCAAUGCAUGAAGCAGCCGAUCUUGUAGGAGCCUAGUCAUACUGGACUUCAUCCCCAGAGGAAUAACUCACAAACUGGUAAAAAAAAAGAUGGCCCCAAACAAAACACAGUCAUCACAAGCAAACCCACAGUAAAAUACAAACAAAGCAAAGCAUCAAUAAGCCCUGGAUCCUCACAGUGUUUAUCCAACCCUUUAAACAUACUAACAAACAACAGCUGCUUCUGCUUCAUAAGUUAUUUGAUUUAAAAUACUCUUACUCACUUCUUUGUCAAUGAUGAUCUUUUUUUUUUUUCAUUAAUUGCAAACGUUUUUUCGAACCUAUUUUACAUCCAAUUUGGAGCAAACACUUUGGGACUGCAGCCUCAGUCAUUUGAUUUCAUACCAAAGGUGUUAAAAUGCGAUAUGGAAAAGAUAUGUCGUAUGAAAAGUUUGACAACUGCAGCCUGAUAAAUCUCUACUGACGUCUGACCAAUGUGACCUAUUCAUGAAGAUGUUGACCUUUAAGCAUGACGCAGUUCUGUGCCGCAUGAAAAAGGCUGUCAGUACCUCUGCCACGCAUUUAUUUUUCUGCUGUAAACAGAGAAAGUAGAACCAUAUACUGUGUUUAGCAGAAUAAAUGUGAAAAAAUAUUUAUUUUUAUCAAUAUAUAUAGAUAAAUAUAUAUAAAGAAAAAUAUAUAAACCAGAAGUGCACAAUAUCAAAGGUUGUCAACAGUGUCAUUUAGAAGGAAGUGAUCAGGACUAAACACAUAUGAGUCAGUUUAGCUUGACAUGCUAACGCUAAUGUUCACAUACUACAACGUGAGCAGUAAUGUGUAUUAUGGACAGAGCAUAGCAGUUAUACUAAUUCUCAAUGCAUAUCAUAGCACAACAGAGGACUAAUUACUAACUGACAUGCACAAAUGCCACCAGAUUGCCAGAUUGUCUCUUUUAUGAUAUAAACAAAGAUCCUUGCCACAAAAGCACUUAAUAAAAUGCAGUUUCCACUAUUACUUCUUAAAUAAAAAAAUGCAAAGUGCCAUAAUAUAUAAAACAUUGUAAAAAGGUUAAAGGUAAUGUUUGUCACAUGGGUAGAGUUAGUGUAAUCUUGGACACUGCUGUGCUACUACUCAUAGAUAACACUUGCUACAGGCAGUUUAAGGCCGGGUCAAUAAGGAGGAAUGGGACUAUAACUCUUGAGUUGCCCACCUCUCACUCAUCAUUGUUCUUCACUUUUAUAUUAAAGUGCAUUGAAGCAUGGCAUGAACAUUCUGGACUGUGUAGAUUUGAAUCCCACUGUGAGAUACUCAGCUGCUGGUUGAGCCCUGGUGUUUACUGAGCAGGGCCUCCAGGAGGCGCAGUUUUGCUUUGAGGUUCUUGUACUGGCAGUACUCCUCUGCCAUGGGUCCACGGUCCUCCUUUUGACAAACCCUGUUUAAACAAGAGGAACAUAAAGAGUGAAGAGAACCGGCCACAGCUUCCACAGACAUUGGAUAGUCCCUCCUAUGUUGCCUUACUCAGAUAGCUUUUACAGUGUGUAUUGUAGUCAGACUUUGGAGGACUAACAUAGUACAAAGAACGUGUACAGUUCAGAUCUACAGUCUACUUCUGUCUUUUUCCUGAGCUCUCUGCUUCAUUAAUGUCAAGUGCGUGUGUAUUACACUGAUGUAUCAUUGGGAUUUUUUUGUGGAUGUCUUUUGUUUUACACAUGGCAUUGUUGCAAACCAAAUGUUUCAAGGUUUAAUAAAAGAGAGAAUAAACUUUGAAAGAG